AUGACACACAGCAGCAUCAUGGUGGAUGUAGGAAAGUGGCCAAUAUUUACCUUACUAUCACCUCAAGAGAUAGCAUCUAUUCGGAAAGCAUGUGUAUUUGGUACAUCAGCCAAUGAAGCUUUGUACGUAACGCACAAUGAUGAGGUGUUUGUUUUUGGACUGAAUUGCAGCAAUUGUUUGGGAACUGGAGACAAUCAGAGCACAAUAGUACCAAAGAAAUUAGAAGCCUUAUGUGGAAAGAAGGUUUCCAGUCUCAGUUAUGGAAGUGGACCCCAUGUUGUGCUUUGCACUGAAGAUGGUGAAGUGUAUGCUUGGGGACACAAUGGUUACAGCCAGCUUGGGAAUGGCACAACCAAUCAGGGCAUUACUCCUGUUCAAGUUUGCACAAAUCUCUUAAUAAAGAAAGUGGUGGAAGUAGCUUGUGGCUCUCAUCAUUCCAUGGCGCUGUCGUUUGAUGGGGAUCUGUAUGCUUGGGGCUAUAACAACUGUGGUCAAGUUGGAUCUGGAUCUACAGCAAACCAGCCAACUCCUCGUAGAGUUUCAAACUGUUUACAGGGUAAAAUGGUCGUUGGCAUUGCUUGUGGUCAGACCUCCUCCAUGGCUGUAGUAAACAAUGGCGAGGUUUAUGGCUGGGGUUACAAUGGCAAUGGUCAGCUAGGUCUUGGAAACAAUGGCAAUCAACUGACACCAUGCAGGGUGGCCGCGUUACAUGGUGCAUGCAUACUCCAGAUUGCCUGUGGCUACGCGCACACACUAGCACUAACAGAUGAGGGUUUGCUCUAUGCCUGGGGAGCUAACACUUACGGGCAGCUGGGAACUGGCAAUAAAAGUAACCAGCUAAGCCCGGUGCAGAUCAUGAUGGAAAAAGAAAGGGUUGUGGAGAUUGCAGCCUGCCACUCUGCUCACACGUCGGCUGCCAAGACGCAGAGCGGCCAGGUGUACAUGUGGGGCCAAUGCCGUGGGCAGUCAGUGAUCCUUCCCCACCUCACCCACUUUGCCUGCACGGACGACGUGUUUGCUUGCUUUGCUACCCCUGCUGUUAUGUGGCGUCUUCUGUCAGUAGAGCAUGAAGACUUUUUAACGGUAGCAGAAUCUCUGAAGAAGGAGUUUGACAGUCCAGAAACCUCAGACCUAAAGUUCCGUGUGGAUGGAAAAUACAUCCAUGUCCACAAAGCUGUUCUGAAAAUCAGGUGUGAACACUUCAGAACCAUGUUCCAGUCAUACUGGAAUGAGGAUAUGAAGGAAGUGAUAGAAAUAGACCAGUUUUCUUAUCCUGUGUAUCGUGCCUUUCUUGAGUACUUGUAUACAGACAGUGUUGACCUUCCGCCUGAAGAUGCAAUAGGGCUUUUGGAUUUGGCUACUUCGUACUGUGAAACUAGACUGAAAAAACUGUGUCAACACAUUAUCAAGAGAGGAAUUACUGUGGAAAACGCAUUUUCAUUGCUCUCUGCUGCUGUCAGAUAUGAUGCAGAGGACUUAGAGGAAUUCUGCUUCAAGUUUUGUGUCAAUCAUUUGACGGAAGUGACACAAACUACAGCGUUUUGGCAGAUGGAUGGUCCCCUGCUAAAGGAGUUCAUUGCUAAAGCCAGUAAAUGUGGAGCCUUUAAGAACUGA